UCCUUAUUUGAAUGAAUUGUAGUUCCGCCUGGAGGUGUUGCAAAGCACAGGCACAAUGAAUUGAAGAGUAGGAAGCGCUGGGCGCAGGAUGAGCACCCAAAUCCUGUCUCAAAACCUUGAGACAGGUACGGGCUUAUUCGCGCGAACUGUGGCAUGGCUCCAGUCACGGAACCGGCAACAUGCCCCGUUGCUCUCGCCCUCACCGCUGGCCGCUGCGAUGGCACCGACCACAUCACAGGCUCGCGCGUCACAUGUACAGCUCAGGCCUCGGAGUUCUCGGUGGCGAACCCGUGUGGCGCCGCGGGCCUUCCUAGCACCGGCUUUGCCUACAGCCGACAACAAAGCUUCCGACCGAGCCAUUGCGGAGGUUGACGCAUUGAGCAAUACGGCCCCUGGCAGCCAUGCCCCCCUGCACCUCAACGGGCACAGAGAGCACAGCAGUACUGCGGAUGCACACAGCGACAUGCACAGUAGCCAUGUCAGCUUGAACGGCCACAGUAGCCCCAACGGCCACGGCGGCCUCAACGGCCACGGCGGCCUCAGCGGCCGCACCCUGCCGCUGCCGCCCCGCGCCCCGGACGCGCUAUUGGCGCCCGCCCCAUGGCGCGCACCUGCGCAAAGUAGCAACCGUGGCGGUGGUAAUAGCAGAAGUGGCACCCGCUCUGUCAUGCAGGGCGUGAAAGCCGAUAGCCAGGAGCAGCACCACCGGCAACUCCAGCACCACUCGCAGCAACGUGCGCGCCGUGCCAGCCCUGUGCCCUUGAACGGUCACAGCCUGCACGCACCCACUCCAGCCAGCAGCCACAGCUCACGCGGCGCAGGCGUGGCGCUCUCGGCGGCCAUCCGCGAGGCGGCCUCGUGGGACGAGCUGGCCGAUCUGUACGACAGCGCAAUGCAACAAGGCGGCGGCGGCGGCGGGUUCCGUUCAGGCCACGUGUCAGCGGCCCUGGCACGCCUGCCACACCUGCGAGGCGCGUGCUUGGCCUCGCCUGCAGCCGCCGCCGCCGUCGCCGUGGUCGCGGACGGCCACCAGCUGCCACUGCCGCUCGAUGGCGCGCGCAGGGUGGACGCUCACGUGGGUCCAGGAGCAGCCGCGAUCAACGGCACCACCACCAGUACCAGCUCCACCACCUCCACCACCACCAUCGCCACCAGGGCCAGUGACAGCGGCGUGCACGGCUCGGGCUGCAGCCGCCACGAGGCGCUGCUGGCGGCGCUGCUGGCCGACUUCAACGCGCACACGGCGGCGGGCGCCUAUGGCAGCCGGGAGCUGAGCAGCUGUGCCUGGGUACUGGGGCGGCUGGGGCGGCGCGAGCGGGCGGACCUGGUGGGCGAGCUGGUGGACCGCAUGCUGCCGGCACUGGGGGAGGAGGACGAGCAGGAGGAGCCCGGGCAAAGCAACGGGUCAAGGCGUAGCCGUGGCGAAGCAGGUGGUGGCCAAAGUCGAACUGGUGCAGUCAGCGAGGCACCGGAGGCCGGACCGGCGGCCGCACCGACAGUGCUGGACCUUUCGAACGCUGCACUGGGCAUGGCGCGUUUGGGCGUGACGCGGCCGGAGCUCUGGCAGCGGCUGGCGGCGGCGGCGGCGCCGCGGCUUCAGCACUUCGGCACCCAGGAGCUGUCCAACCUCGUUUGGAGCUUCGCCCAGGCACAUCGGGCGGCCUGCAGGCUCCUACCCGCAAGGCCGCCGCCGCCACAGCCAGCGUCGGAGGCAAGGCCACCACCAGCCCCGGACGCUCUGCACCCGGACUGGGCGCCCUGGCUGCGGCCGUUCGUGCAGGACGCCGCGGCGGACCGGGCGCGGCGCGUGCUGCGGCGCUGCACCGCGCAGGAGGCCGCUAACCUUGUGUGGUCGCUAGCAACGCUGGGGCACGCGGACGCACGCACGGUGAAGGUGGUGGCUGCCGAGGCAGCGACGCGCGCCGGCAGCCUGACGCCGCAGGGUGUCAGCAUGACGGCGUGGGCGCUAGCGACCAUGGUAGCCAACAUGCGCACCAGCAACAUGCGCGACGACGAGUGCAGCGCCGGCAUCGCCAGUGGCAGCAGCGAGGUUGUCGAUGGCAGCGAGCUCAGCAGCAUCGAUGACAACAAUGACACCGGCAGCAGCAGUGAUUGCGGGACCGCCGGGACCGCCGUCAGAGCACGCAAGCCAAGCCCAGCGGAGCAGGCGGCGGCUGCCACGGCAGAGGCAGCGAAGGCGGCUGUUGCGCUUGCAGCGGCGGCCAAGGGGCGCAUCUGGUGUUAUUCCGCACAGGGCCUCUCGAACCUGCUGUGGGCGCUACGCGGCCUGGGCAGCCCCGCGCGCAAGGCGCUGCUCACGGCGGCGGCCCGCGAGGCCGUGGUGCGCCUGCAAGACCAGCUGUCGCCCUUGGGCCUGGCGACCCUGCUGGGCGAGUGGGCGGCCGCGGGGCUGUACCACCCAGGCCUGUUUGCGGCGGUGGCGCCCGCGGCCCUAGAGCGGCUGUCCGGGUUCCGCCCGGGCACACUCGUGCGGCUGCUGGCAGCCUACGGCGCCGUGGGGUGCUGCGAGCGGCAGCUCUUCCUGGCGGCCGCAGACUUGCUGCUUGGCACCGGUACCAGCACCAGCAGUGGUAUCAGCGAGGGUGCAGAUGCCACAGGUGCGCGCGGCGCGGCGCAGCGGCGUCCGCUGGACGGCCUGAGUCGCGGCGAGUGCUUUCAGCUGGUGUGUGCGUACGGGCAGGUGGGAGUGCACGUGCCGCAGCUCAUUGACGCAGCCCUUGCGCGCAUGGUGGCGCCGGGGGCGGCAUCGCCGCCGGGAGCAGCAGAGCUGCAGCUGCACCUGGAGCUGCCGCCGCGGGCGGCAUGCCGGCUUGCAGCCGCGCUGGCGCUGCUGGGGCACCGGCCAGCGCAGCAGGCGCCGGGUUCAGGCGGUGGCGACGCGGUCGAUUCGCCCUGCAAUGGCGUUCCGUCGGUGCCAGCGCUGCGAGGUGUGAUGCUGGACCUGCGGCGGUUGCUGCUGCCGGCUCUGCCCUCACUGGAGCCGGUGGCGGCGGUGACGGCCGUGUGGGCGCUAAUGCGGCUUGACCUGGCGGGCCCGGCGGCAGCGGUGCGCCUCGGCGAGCUGUUGGUGCGCCGCUGCGGCUCCGCGUCGUCAUUCGCAGCAGCGUCAGCGGCCUCGGGUGGCGGCCAUGCUGGUGCUGGCGGCGCCGCACGCGGCGCGCUUGCCGCUGCUGUUGCCAACGUAACUCGGACGGCAGCAACAGUUGGCGAUGGGCGCAUGCUGGCGAGGCUGCUUUGGGUGCUCGGGCGCGGCGCGGCUGCGGCGCUGCAGCAACAGAAGGACCUACAGCGCCAGCAGCAGGUGGUGGUCGCAGGGUCGGCACCGGAGGCAAGCAGCGCCCUACAGGCCGCAGCAGCGGCUCGGGAGCUGAGCGCAGCGCUGCUCGCAGCUGUUAUGGUGCUGGUAGAGGAACGGCCAGAGGCGUUGGCGCGAACGCCGGAGGCGCUCGCCGCGGCAGCAGCCGCUCUGAGUGAGGUGCUGGCGACGGCGGCGCCGCGGGCUGCACAGCCGCCUGCUCGUGGCAGGGGCCGCGGCAGCGCGACCGCCGCUCCCACCUGCAGUGUGCCGGACGUUGAGCUGCGCGAGGCACUGGUGGAGGUGUGCGAGCAGGCAUUCCGCCGCGCCAGUGCCGCCAGCGCUGCUCCUGCAGGUGAGCGUGCGGCAGGACGGCGUGGCCCCAAGCGCCGGCACUCGCCGCAAGGCCAGCAGGCGCAGGCACAGGCGCAGCUGCAGAUGCUGUCCGACUGCCAGCUGGCCGAGGUAGUCCGCGCGCUGUGUGUCUCGGGCGUGGCGGAGCAGGAGCCGGUGCUGCGGCAGGCGGCAGCGCGGGCGGUGGCGCGCCGUCUGGUGGCGCUGGUGGAGGCAGCUGCGGCUGGCGGCACCGCUGCCGCCAGCGCACCGCCAGCGGCGCUGUCGGACGAGCAGGCCGGCGAUCUGGCGGCGCUGCUGGUCGCCGCCGCCCGCCUGCAGCUAUUUGGCCAGCCCGCGGCGCUGCCUGUCCUACGCGCGGCGGCGCAGAUGCUGGCUGCUGCGGGCAGGGCGGCUGCCCCGCGGCCUGUCCUCAGCGUGGUGCAGCUUCCGCAGCUCCUUGCCCUCUUGCGCUGUGACCCAGCCGUGGCCACCGCCACAUGCGGCGGCUGCGCACCCGAGGCGCCCGCGGUGCAGGCGGCCCUGUACACGUUCGUGCUGCGGCAGGCGAUGCCGUUGCUGCCCUGGCUACCGGAUGCAGCCGCGGCGCAGGCCCUGGCGGACGCCCGGCGGCUGCCUCCGUCGCUGGGCUGUGGCGGCCGCUCAGUCCCAAGUACGGAGGGUCACCAGGUGCGGGCAGUGCACACGGCAGCUGCCACUGCGCUGGUGUGGCAGCAGGGUGGUGGCGGCAGCUCAGAUGCCGGUCACGGCAGCGGUGGAGGCGAGGGCCCUGUGCACACAGCCGGGACCACUGCCACUAGCCAGCCGCUGAGUGGUGCACCGGACGCUGCGGGCGGGCGGCAGUGCACGCAUGUGCGGCAUGGGCGGGUGCGCGGCGGCCCCGGACUGCGUCCCGAGCCCGGUGCCGAGGUGGCUGUGCUGCCGGGCGUAGAGCUGCAUGUGCGGUCUGGUGGUGGUCCGCGUGUUGCUGGCGACCCAGCCGGCACCGUCAUCCUGGUGCGGCCGGACGGCGCGCAUGGGCGUGUAGGCGCGGCUCCGGGCGGGCGCCAGCGCAGCCACCUUGCAGCCUGAGCCGGCCGGCCGGCCAGCCGGAGGAGUCAGGGUUGGCGAUCUCGGAGCAUGGCGGAUAAAAGGCAGCUGCUGUUUGCGCGCAUGUAUAUGUCAGAGAAAUCGUGUAUGCUUAGCGAUGCGCUUCGACUAGGGUCAAACUUUAGCUUACAGGGCUGGGAGUACGGUAUGGGCAGAACGUGUGAGCCAGGGCAUAGACAGCAGUCCCGCACACAUGGAGGUCGAGGACAUACCGUAGGGUGUGAGUGGGGCUCUAUAUGAACUGUACGGCAUGCGGUAGAAGUGCGAUGAAGACGGGUUACGUGCAUCCUUGGAUGCCCAGUGGACUGCCGGAGCCUUGGCAGUAGUCAAUAGCCCCGACGCUAGGUGUAGAUACACGAAUUGGAC